CUUUUAGCCGAACUUCAUGUAAGAAAUAUACUGAUUUAAUUUGUCAUCGCUUAUCGGGACCAUGUUGACCUUGUAGACCACAAUUUUCGACAUGAUCUGAAUCAUUGGUUGCCGGAAGUAAAUUUGGUAGCAUGUAUCUCACCGAACAGGCAAAAGAUCAAACUGAACAACACAUCCUACCUGUAACUCGCUUGUUUUAAACUUCAAAACAUGCUGGCAAAAACGGAGGAAAGGAAGCAGCAGAAAGCCGGAGGAAAGAAGAGGAAGCACCCGGGUGAAGAUGGAGGAAGAAGAGAAGAGAGGAAGAGGAAGGGAGGUGAGGAAGGAAACACGGGUCAGGGAGAUGGAGGCAAGAAGCGCCUGGAUGCCCUCAGUGUGGGCUAUUUCCGCAGAGUCGGAGAAAGACUGAGCGAAGGCUUUGAAGACAGUGAAGAAAGAGAAAUGUUUGUGGAGAAUGUCCUCACGGAAGUUAAGGGUAAAGCGACUCUGGUGGCGAUGGACCGGACAGGAAGCAUCACUCUGCAGCGGCUGCUUCCGCUGUCCAGCCCCGACCAGGUGGGCGAGGUGUUGGCUGAACUGGGUGGAGAAUCGGGCUCAGAGUUCAAGGCGGUUUGUUGUGACCGGUGUGGAGGCCAUGUGGUGGAGAGUGGAGUCAGACAGAUAUCCAGGUGGACAGAAUCAUCACAGAAAGAUCCAUCUGCUGCCACAGAAGAAGAAGGGGAGGAGGAGGAGGAGGAGAGCUGUGGGACGUUGGAGGCCCAGGUGUUGUCUUUAAGUCAGAUUGUGAGAGACAACUGCACAGAAUUCAUCAAACAUGCUCACGGCUCGCAUGUGGUCCGAACACUUUUGCACGUGCUGGGAGGCUGUCUGGGACCACCGCGAACUGAGGCUCGUCCAGGUACAAAGGAACGCAACACUGCUCCUCAGCUGACAGACUUUGAGAUUCCCAACUCGUUUUGGUAUGAGCUAAAAAACCUCACGGAGACCUUGAUGGACAACAUAAAUCUGAGUGUGACAGAUGCCGUCGCUAGCGCAGUGUUUCAGACCAUGUUGACUGUGUGCAACAGAAAGCGACCCAAACUCUGCAAACAGCUCCUCAAACGCAUCAUGGAGUAUCUGACGAGUCGCAACGCCGCUCCUGGAGUUAGUCCACUUCUGGUCUUCCUGAAGGACCAGGCCUCCAGUCACCUCAUAGAGACCAUUAUUCAGCUGUCCCCCAAGUCUCUUCUCCGGGACCUCUACAAGAACCACCUCAAGGGUCAGCUGGUGGACCUCGCCCUCCAUCCCAUCGCCAACUUCCCCAUACAGAGGUUAACCGCAGCCUCAGCCAAAUACAAACUGUUCCUGAGGCUGUUUGACGAGCUGGUCCAGGGCGUGGAGGCCAUUUUGGCUGCGGGUCACAUGGGUGUGAUCGUCCAACUGGCAGAAAGCUGUGCAGAAAGUGAAGAGAAACAGAACGAGAUGGUGCAGUGCCUCCUGUGUGCUUUCCACUGCGCUGAGCCUGGCUCCCGACACGUCAACUGCCUCCCUCUCUUCAUGUCCCUGCUCACCUAUGAGGUGUAUUACCACUCUGAAACAGCAGAGGGCAACAUACAGACAGAGGUCCCACUGACCUCCAUCUGUUACCACGGCUCCCGGCUGGUCCAGGCGUUGGCGAAGUUCAAGGAGCGUUCACUCCUCCUCAGCAGCCUCCGAACUCUGACCCCCGCUGACCUCCUCACGCUGGCCUCUGACCCUGCAGGCAGCCACGUCCUCCAGGCCCUCAUCACCACAUCAAGCGACAAGGGCAGGGGCAAAAUCCUCAAGAGGCUGGAGGGUCAGUACGUCCAAAUGGCCUGUUCACGGUUGGGCAGUCGGGUACUUGAAGCUGUGUGGAACAGCGCUUCAGUCAGUCAGAGGCAAAGCAUCGCACAGGAACUAGUUCCAAGUGAAAGCCAGCUGAGGUCGGAUCAGUUUGCUCGUCAUGUAUGGGCCAAAUUCGCCCUCACUCACUUUGCACACAGAAGAGCCCACUGGCAGGAAAUACAGACCGGCGAGUCCAAGAAGAGGAAGCUUUUCAGUGACAUUCUUGAAUGAAAAGUACAUAUUUGUAUAAUCCUUUAGAGGUAGUUUUUUUUUUCAGUGUAACUGAAUAAAAAAAGGUCUGAAAUGA